GCAGCAGUGGACCAGAUUCUCCUCACAGAGACCUGGCUGACGUAGAACCAGCUCCUGAUUCCUCCACCUCCACCCCUCCUCCGGACCACCAGGACUCGUCCCGGGGUCGGCCCGGACUCGACCUCUGCACCUCCUCCAGACAGCCCCCGUCUCCGACCUCAAACCUGGUCCACAGCCCCCGGUCCAGGUCCAAACCCAGUUCCCCGUCCUCCUCCUGUCCCUCUCCGCCUCAGACCGGCUCUGUGGCGCCGAGGAGGAAAGGCGUGGCCCGGAAGAUGCGCCGAAGCCAAAGACAGCGAGGACAGCAGAGCUGCUCGCCGGCAGCCAGAGAGGAGGAAGAGGAGGAGGAGAGGAUGCAGGUGGAGGAGGAGGAGGAGAUGAUGGAGGAGGAGAAGACAGUGGGAACAUCAGCUGCAUCGUAGGAGGACGCCUCCACGACCGCCAGAUCAACUCCUUCAAAAUAAAACUGUCCAUGUGUACAGCCCUGCCUCAGACCCGACUGGUUUCUGUGGUUCCAGAACCUUCAGCCCAUUGAGCCGUCCGGGACCAGGCGGGUCCAGACUCUGGUUCAGACAGCCUGAAGACAAAACGUUUGGAUUUUCUGUGAAAAACAACGUUUUUGCUCUUAAUGUUGAAGAAGUAGUUUUGUGAUUUAGUUUUUUCCUGAGGUUCAGUGAAUGCAUCACGAUGGGACUUCAAGUGGUACCGACACAGAACCCUGCAGGUCCAAACGGGUCACUGCACGUUGCUUUAUUUUAACUCAUGAAUAGGAAAAUAGAUUUUUUUUACUUUUGACUCAGUUUUUGUUUUUAUUAUUUUAAAGUUUUGCAGCUGAAACAGAUUUAUCUUCCUGUCCUUCAGUUUGAAAUAUUAACUUUAAAAACUAAAUAUUUUAACAAAAUAAAAUCUUCAUGAGAGAAAAAAUUAAAAUCAUGAUCUGGAUUUUCUUUCAAUCUACAAAAAACGGUUUCAUUAAUUUUUAAAAAACAUUCAUAAGGAUAAACAGUCUGAGACAUGAUGAGAAGCUGUGAUCUGGUUCUGUUUGGUUCUGUUUGGUUCUGAUGAACAUGUUUAAAUGUAAAUAUUGUUGUAAAUGUCUGAAGAAUAGCAGAUAUGUUUGUGUUUGUUAGAAAACAGUUUUCUGUUCAUGAACUAAUGAAUAAAGUUUGUCAGUAGAACCUGUUGGUUCUGCUCGGCCCACAGAGUUCUGAUAGGUUCUUUGGUUUCACCUGUCAGCUGAAAGUGGGCGUGUCCUCCUGUAUUUAUCAUUUGUACAUAAAACAUGUCAAACUGUCA